ACACCAAACCACGAUACUUUUGAACUCGUUUUCGGUCGGUCUCCCGGCUACGCCCGGCUAUCACGCGGACCUCGGCCUUGACUCGGGAGGUCCUUAUCAGGCCGGCCUGGAGAGCGAGCGGCGGGUGCAAGGAGGCUGAGCCAGUCGCGGACAGCCAGCCGCACCGCCAGCAGCACCCCCCGGCCGAGGUCCACGCCGACGAGUACAGCCCCAGGAUGCUGAUGCUGGCCGCCACGAUGUUCACGGCGCUGCUGCCGUUCGCCGCCUCCUGCCCGUGCCCGACCCAGGACCCGGCCGCCGAGGUGUGUGGCUCGGACCAGCGCACCUACCGCAGCCAGUGCGACCUGCGCUGCACCGCCCCGGGUGUCCUCCUGGCCCACCCCGGGCCGUGCUCCGCCGGGGAGACGGCCGCCCCGGGCCGCCUGGACAGCGCCGCCCAGCUGCCCGGCGGGCGCGACCUGCUCCGGCGGCGGCGCUCGGCCACCGAGGAGAGGCGGAAGUGGGAGGAAUGUGAAGAGGAGCGCCAGUGCGGCAAGGCGACCUGCUCAGAGUGCGGCGAGGACUUGGGCUGCAAGCUCAUGUGCAUCUACAACUGCGAGUGCGCGUGCGGCGGGUACCCACCUGGCGGCAUGGACUACCGCCUGUGGGGGAAGUGCUACAAUGAGAGGCGGUGCGUGCGCAAAUACUCGGAGUGUUGGGGGAACUGCGGAUGGGCGGUUGGGGAGUGCAAGGACGCGUGCUUGCUGGACCAAAAGAAGUGUGACUGCGAGUGUGUCCAGCGGGCCGGCAACCAGUCCAGCGCGGCCAGCACGACCACAGGCACCACCAGCACCGCCAGCACCACCAGCGCUCCCAGCGCUCCCAGCUCCACCAGCACCACCAGCUGCGCUCCCAGCACCAGCACCACCAGUGCUCCCAGCUCCACCAUCGCCCCCAGCACCACUAGCACCGCCAGCGCUCCCAGCACCACCAGCUCCACCAGCGCCCCCAGCACCGCCAGCGCUCCCAGCACCACCAGCGCUCCCAGCACCACCAGCGCUCCCAGCACCACCAGCGCUCCCAGCACCGCCAACACUCCCAGCACCAGCACCGCCGCGGCCGCCACCCCCAGGGAGCCCCCCAGGUCGGCGCUGGUGUGCGAGGGCUGGGGCUGCGCGCUCCUGCUCGUGCUCGCGUGCGCGCUCGUGUGCGUGGGCGCGGCCCUGUGUGCGUGGACGCGCGCGCGGGCCCCCGUCAACUGCUGCUGCUCCACGGUGUACUACACGAGCGCGCCGGUGAGUGCCGAGGCCAGACCCAACGGCGACGUCGAACUUCUGUCUUUGGACAAACCGUCGGCCUAGAGGUGUGUUAAAUAUGCCGCCGGAGUAACCUAACAAGGUCUUGAAGUGUUACCAGUUUAGCCGUGUUCUUUGAUCUGAUUUUGGAAUAGUUUGAUUUCGUGUUUUGAUUUGUUUGAUUCAUUGUGACAUAUGUAUGAGUUCUUGUCUGGUGCGUGGAGAGAGAUUCUGCACUGAGAAAAAAAAAUCUGUCCCAGCACUAUACGUUUAGUCCUCAGAUCGACGUUUUUUCGUUGCACUAUACGUCUAGCGCUGGGAGCUAAACGUAGCAUCCCAAGCAAAGAAAAUUUAGAGCACAGCACUAAAACUCAAUGGCAGGUCACUAUCUCAUUUUGAGCUGGGACAAAAGUCGGGAGCAUUAGACGUACGAUUAGUGCCUGGACAGAAAUAUUUUUCUCAGUGUGUGAGCUUUCUAAAGUGCUUUAGUAAGUUGAGACUCUUUAGUGAGUUUUGUCGAGAAUUAGUCAGCUUUUGAGCUUAGUUUAAAUUAAUUCGGUACUUGUUUAUUAAUUGUUUAUUAGUUUAGCUGAUCUGUGUUUUGUAUGCUGUGGGGUAUUAUGCGAGGUAAUAUGACUUCUUAUUAAAACCCUUUGCCGAUGUUA